GCUGAAGGUGAGGUGGCGGCUCUGAACAGACGGAUCCAGCUCGUGGAAGAGGAGCUGGACCGAGCCCAGGAGCGGCUGGCCACAGCCCUGCAGAAACUGGAGGAGGCUGAGAAGGCAGCAGAUGAGAGUGAGAGAGGGAUGAAGGUUAUUGAGAACAGAGCGAUGAAAGAUGAAGAGAAGAUGGAGAUUCAGGAGAUGCAGCUGAAGGAGGCGAAGCACAUCGCUGAGGAAGCCGACCGCAAAUACGAAGAGGUCGCCCGUAAACUGGUCAUUUUGGAGGGUGAACUGGAAAGAGCUGAAGAGCGUGCGGAGGUGUCUGAAGUUAAAUGUAGUGACCUUGAAGAGGAGUUAAAGAAUGUCACCAACAACCUGAAGUCUUUGGAAGCUCAAUCUGAAAAGUACUCGGAAAAAGAAGAUAAAUACGAAGAAGAAAUCAAGAUCCUGUCUGACAAGCUUAAAGAAGCUGAAACUCGAGCUGAAUUUGCAGAGAGAACAGUUGCCAAACUGGAAAAAUCUAUUGAUGACCUGGAAGACGAGCUCUACGCUCAGAAGCUGAAGUACAAAGCCAUCAGCGAGGAGCUUGACCAUGCUCUCAAUGACAUGACCUCGCUGUGACCGCCCCGGGCGGGGGCUCGCUGCCCUCCUGAAGCUUUUCUUGCCUGUCCCACCUCUCACUCCUGUGCAGCUUCCACAAGCGAUCCUUCCGCCUCCUCUGUAAGAACUGUGCUCAAUAAAAACACACCUCU